AUGGCUUUCUUCCCCCGCAACUUCUACAACUCCGACGCUUCCUUCACCCCUCUCUUCCGCCUCCUUGACGACUACGACAGCUACUCUCGCCAGGGAACCAACGGAAAUGGCACUCGUCGCAGCGGCCUUAGCCACUGGCAGCCCAAGUUCGAUGUCCGCGAGACUGGAGAGUCCUACGAGCUUCAUGGCGAACUCCCUGGUAUGAAGAAGUCUGAUGUUCACAUCGAGUUCACCGAGCCUCAGACUAUGCUCAUCCGCGGCAAGACCGAGCGCACUUACACUGCCGGCACACCUCCCGCUGGCCUCGUCGAGGACACUGAAGCCCGAGGCGCUAUCACCGACAACAACGAGGAACACAACAACUCCCACCACGCCACUGUCGAAGAUGAGGAGCAGGCCAAGGCUCACGAGACCAGCACUGAGGUCACUCACCACAAAAAGCCCCAGGAGGUUGAGAAGAAGCCUGCCGACCAGUCCAAGUACUGGCUCACCGAGCGCAGCUUCGGCGAGUUCUCUCGCAGCUUCAACUUUCCUACUCGUGUAGACCAGGACAACGUCUCUGCUAAAUUCAACGAUGGUAUCCUGAGCAUCGUUGUCCCCAAGGCCAAGAAGCACGAGUCUCGACGCAUCAGCGUUGAGUAA